AUGCGUGCGCGCAUGAUUGACACCGUCAUUUACGCAUGUGCGCAUCUGUGUUUAUUAAGCUGCAUACUGCAGCUGGCUCACUCUCAGCGACAACGGGAGGCAAGGACGGGAAAUUCUGGAGCCACUGGUGUAAGACAAACGCUACAAUGGCAGCACAAUGGCCGUGUUUUUAGUUUAUUAAGUGGCGGAUCCGAGUAUCAGCCACCGGUGCAAAGGAACGUGAACAAAAAUCAAACCCAGGCUAGACCUAUAACUAUUAUUAGCAACAACGAUGCACCCGAGAAAGUCCAUAGAUCAUCCGUCGAUUCAAGACCACCUCCGGCGCAAGGAUCCGAGGGCUCGCCGCAAGGCACUGGAGUGCAAAGGAGCGGUUUGCGUUGGUUAACAAGUGGAGCCCGUGGGCGCGCCAGGACGCCACAGGAACGCAGGAAUCACACGACAGGUCAUUCGGACAACAGACCUGCCGUGAGUCCACCACAAUCGCUGAACAAUGAGAGAAGAGAGGACAUGAUGGCUGGAGACGACCCGUACAACCCGUACAAGUCUACAGACGUAGACAAUCCAUACUAUAAUUACUAUGACACUUACGAAAGACCAAGGCCGAGAUCGCGACCUGGCUAUGGCACAAGGUACUAUCAGUACGGUUUGCCCGAUCUCGUGGCUGACCCGUACUACAUUCAAGCUUCUGCCUACGUUCAAAGAGUGCCUAUGUACAACCUCAGAUGUGCAUCGGAAGAAAACUGCUUGGCAAGUUCGGCAUACAGAUCGAGCGUCCGGGACUACGACACCCGCAUGUUGCUGAGGUUCCCGCAGCGAGUCAAGAACCAAGGGACGGCGGACUUCCUUCCCAGCAGGCCACGCUACGCUUGGGAAUGGCACAGUUGCCAUCAGCAUUACCACAGCAUGGACGAGUUUAGCCACUAUGACCUCCUGGACGCCAGCAGCCAGAGACGUGUGGCUGAGGGACACAAGGCCAGUUUCUGCCUGGAGGACACGUCCUGCGACUACGGCCACCACCGACGAUUCGCCUGCACCGCACACACACAGGGACUCAGCCCGGGAUGCUACGACACGUACAACGCCGACAUCGACUGCCAAUGGAUAGACAUCACUGAUGUCAAACCUGGCAAUUACAUCCUUAAGAUCAGCGUUAACCCCAGUUAUCAGGUUCCCGAGUCUGACUACAACAACAACGUUGUCCGCUGCGACGUGCGUUACACCGGCAACUACGCCUAUAUUUCAGGAUGUCACAUCUCUCCGUAA